CUCCCUCUCUGCACACAUUGACAUUACUCAGAACCACACCGAAGAAAACUAGCCGUUAUAACAAUUAAAUACAAAAAAAAAAGAUUCUCUCCUCAACCUCUCUCCCCCCUUAAUAAUACAUAAUAAUACACAUCUCCCUUCUAUGUAGCAGUGUGAUUCAUAGUGCAGUAGAGAUAACUAUAACUAACCCAUUCUUUUUUUCCUUUCUCUUUAGUUAGUUUCCAUGGUGGGAAACAGUGAACCACCCAUUCAUUCAUUACUUCCCCUUAUUGAUAUGGUCGAGGCUUUUCGUUCUAAUUUUUCUGUUGGAUUGAAGAACAGCCCAAUCCACCGUCGUCUGAUGAUCCCUUUUCUCUGUAUGCUCACGACUAUUAUCAUCUCUAUAACCCCUGCUUCCUCCCAAUCCUGGGACGGAAUCGCCAUCACGCAGGCGGACUACCAAGGCCUUCGGGCCUUUCGGUUCGCGCUGAGCGACCCGCGGGGCCUGCUGAGGAGCUGGAACGGUAGCGGCCUCGACGCGUGCUCCGGAUCGUGGGACGGGAUCAAAUGCGUCCGGGGGAAGGUAAUCGCGAUCCAGCUCCCUUACCGGGGGCUCGGCGGCCGCAUCACUGAGAAAAUCGGGCAGCUCACCGCGCUGCGGAAGCUGAGCCUCCACGACAACGCCGUCGGGGGCCAGAUCCCUGCUGCCCUCGGCCUUUUAACCGAUCUCAGAGGCCUCUACCUCUUCAACAACCGAUUCUCCGGCACGAUCCCGCCGUCCGUCGGCGAAUUGGCCCUGCUCCAAACCCUCGAUCUGAGCAACAACUUGCUCAGUGGGAGCAUCCCUUCCUCGAUAGCGAACUCUACGAAGCUGUAUCGGCUCAAUCUUAGCCACAAUAACCUCUCCGGCGCGAUCCCAAAUGGCCUCACCAAUCUCCCUUCCCUCACAUUCCUCUUGAUUCAACACAACAACCUCUCUAGCUCUAUUCCUGGUACAUGGGGUGUAGAAGAACCUGGUAAAAAGAGAGUUUACCAGCUCCAAGUACUUAGCCUUGAUCACAACUCCCUUUCUGGGCCAAUCCCAGAUUCCAUUACUAAACUGGAGAGGUUGCAAGAGUUGUUGCUGAGUAAUAACCAGCUCAAUGGAUCUAUACCUGAAUCCAUUGAUGGGCUCAGGAACCUCUCAAUCUUGUCGCUCAAUAGGAACAGUUUAAGCGGAGCAAUCCCCGCGACGGUCGGGAAUAUAUCGAGCCUAGAACACUUGGAUUUCUCCGAGAACAAUCUCAGCGGGGAAAUCCCUGCAUCUCUGGAGAAGCUGAACAAUUUGACCUUCUUCAAUGUCUCCUAUAACAACCUAUCCGGUCCCGUGCCGGUGCGCCUCUCCGAGAAGUUCAAUUCGAGCUCGUUCGUCGGAAACAGUUUGCUCUGCGGGGUUGGCGGUUCGAACACGUGUGCAAAUCCAGCUCCAACCCCUCCGUUGAACUCUCCGUCGCCACCGAGCUCUACGGAGCCCGGCACGCGGAGGCUCAACAGCAGAGAGCUCAUCCUCGUGGUCGCGGGCAUCGCAUUUUUGUUCUUUCUGUUGUUCACUUGCGUCUUGCUCUCCUGCUUGUUCGGGGGGAGUAGAGAGACGGCCGGAUCAAACAAGAGAGGCGCGAAUGCGGGUGCGACUGCUGCUGCUGCUGCUGCUGCUGCAGAGAGGGGAGAGAAGCCUGGCACGGGGGCGGCAGCGGCAGAAGCGGUGGCGGGCGGUGACGGUGGAGGGAAACUGGUGCACUUUGACGGGCCGUCGACGUUCACCGCAGACGAUCUUUUGUGCGCGACGGCGGAGAUCAUGGGGAAGAGCACGUACGGGACGGUGUACAAGGCGACGCUGGAGGACGGGAGCCAAGUCGCGGUGAAGCGGCUUCGGGAGAAGAUUGCUAAGAAUCAGAAAGAAUUCGAGACGGAGGUGAAUGCGAUCGGAAAAGUCCGCCACCCGAAUCUGCUUGCACUCAGGGCCUACUAUCUGGGGCCCAAAGGCGAGAAGCUCCUUGUGUUUGAUUACAUGCCUAGAGGAAGCCUCGCAGCAUUUCUUCAUGCUCGCGGCCCGGACACGCCGAUUGACUGGCCGAUGCGGAUGAACAUAGCGAUCGGCGUGGCGCGGGGGCUCCACCACCUCCACACCGAUGUCAACAUGGUCCACGGCAACCUAACGAGCAGCAACAUCCUCCUCGACGCGGAGGGGAGCCCGAAGAUUGCCGACUACGGCCUGUCCCGCCUGAUGAGCGCGGCCGCCAAUUCGAACGCGAUCGCCACCGCAGGCGCGCUCGGCUACCGCGCGCCAGAGCUGUCGAAGCUGAAGAAGGCGAGCGCGAAGACCGACGUGUACAGCCUCGGCGUGGUGCUCCUCGAGCUGCUCACGGGGAAGCCGGCAGGGGAGACCACCAACGGCCUCGACCUGCCGCAGUGGGUGGCGUCGGUCGUCAAGGAGGAGUGGACCAACGAGGUGUUUGAUCUCGAGCUCAUGCGGGAACCGGCCGAGACGGGGGACGAACUGGUGAACACGCUGAAGCUCGCGCUGCAUUGCGUCGAUCCGUUGCCCGCGGCGCGUCCGGACGUCCAUGAAGUGCUGCGGCAGCUGGAGGAGAUCAAGCCGGAGCUGGCGGCGGCUCCGGCGGGCACCGCCUCAUCACAAGCUGAUCACUAGUGGUCGCUUCGUUAGUUAGUUAGUUAGUUAGUUAAUAGCCGUUGGUGGGUCAACUCAAGAGUUGGUUUGGGGCGCUUCUUUAAUUCUUUGAUUCUAGAUCAAGUUUUGAUUUUGAUUGUUUGUGGUUUUAGUUUUAGGUAAUUGCGUUGAAGGUGUUUGAUGCGGUUGCAAUUUUCCUGUGCAUAGUGUUUGCUGUAGGGUUAGAAUGAUUUUGAUGUUGCUAUUCAUGUUAUCGUAAGAUGAUGUACCGAGUCAUUGCGAUGAAUAAACUCAGUUAUUUGACGUUUCUUCAUCGAUGUGGCG